UUUAGCCACGCUUAUUUCUCAUUACCUCUCAUUGUGUUGUUUCUCCCCCCAAUAACUGCAAACUUAAACCACUCUUCAACCACCUUCAUUAUUCACUUAAGACCUUUCCAUUUAUUUUCUCAGUUUUGAUCGGUUUUCACAAUGCUUUUUGGUCUUUCUGGAGUAUUUUUGCUUUUGCUGGAUGCAUCUUUAAUAUGUGGUCAGAACACAACACAUGAGAACAAAACAGCGUUUGAAGGCGAUAACAGCACAUAUGAAGAUCAAGAGAACUUUCAAAAUCAAGAACUUUACCACCAUUUUAUUCACUGUUCUGAAGAAGACUUGAGGUAUUAUGGUCAGUUUUUUUGCUGGGCUAACUUCAGUAAGAGCAUGAUUUUACUCGGAGAAGAGAACUGGUGCAAUGUCAAGAUGAUCGUGAGAAGUUACCACGAGUUAACUGACUGUUUGGAGACCUUGUCCAGGCUUUGUAGCUGUUAUUACCCAAAUCAUGUCGUGGAGGAGUUGUUUGUAAUGAUACAUAAGCAAUACUUCCACUCGUGCAGCGAUGAGGAGUUACACGACGCCCCGGCAGGAGUGGUGCUCACUGCGACCCUGUUACCCAUCGUUCUUAUUCCCUUCAUGGUGUACAUUGUGGUCUUGAAGAGCAGUUUAAGAGACUGAACAUUUAUUUAGCGUCCAGUUGACGAAAGGUCAAAGUGAAACUGGGUGUAUAAGGUUUAUGUGGUUGACAAUAAUGUAAGUAUUGUUACAUAGACACAGUGGGCUGGGAUUUCCCACACGUUAAUGACUAAGACAGAAAUAAUAGAAGAAAGACAGGAAAGGUGGUUCAAAAUAAUAGCAUAGUUGAUUGAUGGUUAUAAUCUAUUAUCUUAAUAUUCUAAUUUUAAUGUCAACAUUUUUUUAUAUGGGGAAUUUUUGGGGCAUGUUUUUUUUUUACUAAAAAUAAAACACUAUUCAUUUAUACUUACAUAAUUAAAUCAACUUAAUUGUUUAUGCAAUCAUUUAUGGGAAUUGUAUUUAAAAUCAAUAUAAAAAUGAAAAAAGCUGUCAAUAAUUUACAAGAUUGCACUGUAAAAAAAAUCCGUAGAAAUUGCAGCUGGGUUGCCGGUAAUUUACCGUAGAUUUAAAUUUAUGUUAUUUACUGGAAACAUUUUGUUCAAAGUUAAAUGAACAUUUAACAUUUACAAGUCUUUGUCUUUACAGAGUAAAACUAAAAAACAGCAUCAAGCAAAACAUUCUGGGAAACAAAAUCUGAAGCAAAAAACUGAAAAAGGUUGAUGAUAAUUUCUGGUUCCCAGAAUGCUUUGCAUGAGGCUGUUAUUGUAUAGUUUUAUUCUAUAAAGAUAAAGACUUGUUAAUAUUUAACAUUUAUUUAACUUUGAACAAACUCUUUGCAACCCAGCUGCAAUACCAUUGUAAUUUCUACGGAUUUUUUUACAGUGUAUGAUGUAGAAUAGAAAUUAAAUAUAUGACCCUGGACCAAAAAACCAUAGGUCAUAGGUCGCAAGGGUAUAUUUGUAGCAAUAGCCAACAAUGCAUUGUAAGCUAUAUAAAAUAUGCAGAAUUUUUAUCAAAUCAACACAUAUUUUUAUGUAACUUUAACUUAAAAAAUUAAGUUACAACUGUUAACUUGACAAGUUUUUUUUACAGUGUAUGGGUCAAAAUUAUUGUUAUUGUUGUUUAAUGCCAAAAUUCAUUAGGAUAUUAAGUAAAGAUCAUGUUCCAUGAAGAUGUUUUCCUAUUUUUAUAUAUGUAUUUAAUGUAUAUGUUUUUAUCAUUAGUAAUAUGUGUUGCUAAGGACUUAAUUUGGACAACUUGAAAGACGAUUUUUUUUCACUAUUUUGAUUUUUGCACUCUCAGAUUCCAGAUUUUCAAAAAGUUUUAUCUCUGCAAAAUAUUGUCUUAUCCUUACAAACCAUACAUCAAUGGAAAGCUUAUUUAUUCAAUAAAUUGAUCCUUAUGACUGGUUUUGUGGUCCAGGAUCACAUUUAUGAAAUACAUAUUCAAAAUAAGAACAAUUAAGAAACAUUUUAAAUAUAAAA